GUGCCUAGCGUCUAGUAGGUGUUCUGCCCUCGUAAUACCCCCACCCCUCCGUCUUACAGCCCUAGAGGGUGGAAUAGAGGGGAGUAGCUGGAGGAACGAGCUAGGAGACCCUCACAAUGGGAGAAACCUGACACAAAAGUAUCACUGAUUAAAGAAACACUAGUCUCUCUUAUUUUUAUGGAACUCAGUGUUUAAAACCACUUUCCCCUAUGAGGUCAUUCUGGCCCCCCCUUCGCUUCCCACUCCCCUCCCCCCCAGUACCCCUGUGAGCAGAGCCACAGGGAGGGUAAUUGCACUUUGCUUUUCAGCAGCCAAGGCCAGGAGGCUGGGGAAGGAACUGGAGGAGCUCUUUCCAUCUGUGACCAGAGCUGUGAAAAGUGCAUCAGUCCCAUCUCCGGCUGGUCACAGCCAACUUCCCAGAGGAGGAAGAAUGGAGUUUUUUCCGUUACAGAUGAAGAGUAUAGCAAAGAGAACUUUGGCCAAUGUUUCUGCUUCCAAAAUAUAAGCAAAAAUUAGAUUUUUUUUUUUUUUUACCAAAUCCCCAUAAGGUUUAGCCACCCCUUACCCAAUCUAAAGAGUGUUGUGCAUUGCGUUUUUCCCCUUUAAAAAGGAACCCCACACGCAAUCACAUGGAUUAACUUCAGAGGCACAAUGUUGAGUGAGGAAAGCCACAGACAGAAAACAUACAGACUGUGUGGUUACGUUUACAUGCAGUUCAAGAAAAGGCAAAACUAACCCAUGGUGAUAAAAAUCUGCAGGUUUACCCCUGGGUGGGCAAAUUGGCUGGGAGGCGGCAAGAGGAAGCCUUCUGGAAUGUUGGAAUUGUUCUAAAUCUUGAUUUGGGGCAUUGAGAGAGAGGGCAUGAGUGAAAGAGGGCAGGGAGGGAGAGAGAGGGGGGAGAGAGAGACUCUCUGAUGCGGAACUCACGAAUGGUGAGAUCAUGACCGGAGCAGAAGUUGGAUUCUGAGCUGACUGAGCCACCCAGGUGCCCCCACAGGACCCUCACCUUGUGUCCUGACCUCAGCCUCGUUCCCAAACCCAUCCGAGGAGUGACUGACUUCUAGGCUUUUCUGUCUGCGAAGCCACUAGCUUACAGCCCACAAGACCCCAGGUGAGGGCCUACUGCCUCACCAUGGUGAAGUUGCUGCCCGCCCAGGAGGCAGCCAAGAUCUACCACACCAACUAUGUGCGCAACUCGAGGGCUGUGGGUGUGAUGUGGGGCACACUCACCAUCUGUUUUUCGGUGCUUGUUAUGGCCCUCUUUAUCCAGCCCUACUGGAUUGGUGACAGCGUUAACACACCCCAGGCAGGCUACUUUGGCCUUUUCUCCUACUGUGUGGGCAACGUGCUGUCCUCUGAGCUCAUCUGCAAGGGUGGCCCGCUGGACUUCUCCUCCAUUCCCUCUAGAGCUUUCAAGACUGCCAUGUUUUUUGUGGCCUUGGCCAUGUUCCUCAUCAUUGGCUCCAUCAUCUGCUUUAGCCUCUUCUUCGUCUGCAACACGGCCACUGUCUACAAGAUCUGUGCAUGGAUGCAGCUGGCUGCAGCCACAGGCCUCAUGAUCGGCUGCCUGGUCUACCCGGAUGGCUGGGACUCAAGUGAGGUGCGACGCAUGUGUGGGGAGCAGACGGGCAAGUACACGCUGGGUCAGUGCACUAUCCGCUGGGCCUUCAUGCUGGCCAUCCUCAGCAUCGGAGACGCCCUCAUCCUCUCCUUCCUGGCCUUCGUGCUGGGCUACCGGCAGGACAAGCUCCUCCCCGAUGACUACAAGGCCGAUGGAAAAGAGGAAGUCUGAAGCAGCUGGCGUGCUGGUCAAUGGAAAAUUAAGGAAUCGAAUUCUUCAGCGAUAGAAACUUGUUCCGUCCACGCUUCCCUGUUCCUGGCCACUAUAGGUCUGAUACCCUGAAGCCUUUCACUAUAGGAUUCGAACCUGACACUCUCCUGAGACAAGACCUCCUACCGUAUGCAGAACACUUUCAGGAGGAGCAGAACUACAGUGACCCACAUUAAAGAUAUUCAGAGAGACAUGGGCGGUACUCUCCUGACGGGGCCCCAGUUCUCAUCGUAUCCCCUUCAUACCGGCGAUCACGUUACUCCCUGGAGGCCUCUCCUCUGUAAAAUGAGAGGGCUGAGUCCACGUCUCAGGGCUUCCCAGGUCUGAGUCUCGAGAGCCUGAGGAUACAUUCGUUUGCAGGCACAGCAGACACUGCCACCCAGCUCUCAAAGGGCAGCUGAGGGAGAGGCGGUUGUCAUGCCAGAUCAUUUCAGGUUGGGGCUUAGGGGGUCCUUUGCUUCUCCUUUCUUAACUGUUUUCUUAUUGAUGAUCAGAGGUGGGUAAGGAAUGGAGGGGCCACCAGAACCCAGAUCUAUCAGGAAGUCCUAUAAAGACUGGGUGAACAUAGGAUCUAAAAACUUAGGAGAGUAAACUCCAUUACGUUCCCUCAAUAGUGCCCACUCCGACCCAAUCAGGACUGGCCCCCAGCUUAAGAAAUUUGUUACUUGUGUCCAAGUAAUUUGUUUUAGUAAUAGAUCACAUUUCUUGUAAGAACAAAACAAAACGACUUUGGAUUUGGCACUCAAUGGUAAAUCUUCUGCCAGCCUCCAGAGGGGAGCUUGAUUUAGGGAAUACCUCCUUGUAGCAAAGAUGAAGACAGGUUCUUUAGGCUAUUCCCUGCCUGGAGAUGGUACCUAGAAACAGGGCUUGCUGAUUAUCUGCAGUGGAUAAUCCUGAGAGGUAGGUAGUUUUUCCCGGUCUUGCGCAUUUACUUAGUAAAGAGAAAAUGUAGCUGCUGGUAGAGGAGGGGAGGUAAACAGAACGAAUCUGUAAUGGAUCCUGUUACUUGAUCAAGGAGCAGUCACUGACAACGGUAAAGUUUCUCAUUCCUGGGCUGUAAGGGCAUUUUUUUUUUUUUUUUAAAAGUGAACUCUGCCUUCCAACAUGGGGUUUGAACUCAUGACUUUGGCCAGAGUCCCGUGCUCUACCAACUGAGCCAGCCAGGCGCCCCUGUAGGGCAUGCUUUUUAACCAAUGCCCUGACAACCUACCCAGUGAGGUUUCUUCUACAGUUCAGAUGGAUUUGGAAUGAGCACCCCAGCAUCGUCCUGUUGUUGGUAAUGGGAACUAUUGGAGUGAGACUUAAGAACAAUCAUAUUCAGAGGUGCCUUAGUGGCUCAGUUGGGUAAGCAUCUGACUCUUGGCUCAGGCCUUGAUCUCAGGGUUGUGAGUUCAAGUCCCGUGUUGGGUACUACACGUGAAGCCUACUUAAAAAAAAAAAAAAAAUCCCAUUCAUAUUUUCUUGUGUUGAUAAAAUUAUUUCAGUCAGGCAUUUAUGCAAACUUGAUGAACAACAGAAUUUGACAAUUUUUGUAGCUUAGUGCCUUUUCUACUUUACAUCCAUUUAUUUCUCAUAAUUUUACUUUUCAUAUGAAAAGAAACAUUUCUAAGUCUACCUUCUCAAAAUUUCUCACUACAAUGGCAACCAUGGUGGGCCACAGAAGCUUCUGGGGAACUUGAGCAUCUGCCAAUAGCCUGCACCUUGCUCUUGCCAGAACAGCACGUUUCACCAAAGCAGGAGUCUGUUUACUAAUGACCAGUCCUGGGGAAGGAUCUGCAAAUCUGUUUAGGAGUCAGCCAGCAUUUCACCUUUUGCUUGAUCUUCAGAGAAACUCAGAAUUCAACCUCUCCAAUCACAGUAAUGAUUUUGGUUGAAAGCUAGUAACUGCUUAUCAGCUCAAGUGGCUUUACCUUUACUUAAACUUCUAAGGGCACCUUGAAUCUCACCUUUGAAAGUACAUAGAAAAUCAAUAAAAUCAGCACCUGUCUAACCAA